CAUUUCUCUUUAGCAUAAGGAAGAAGCAAAAUAUCCAAAAAUGGUUAAUUUCCAUUAAUAACUGAGCUCCUAGGAACGACACCGUUAGCUUCCCACUCUUCUUCUCCGCUACCUCUUCUUCUCUUUCAUGUUUUUCUAUGAAAAAAAAAGAAAAGAGUAGAGCAAAAUAUACAACAAAGUCCUCCAUUUUCUUUAAUUUUCCAAAACAUGUACUUAGCCGCCGCUGUCCAGAGCCAUCGGUAACGCCUUCCCUUGGUCAUCCCGGCGAAACGAAGUUUCCGGCCGAAACCCACAUAUCAGACCGGAUUUUGGAGACCAAUAGCUUGGUCGGUAUUCUCUGUCCCUAAACUAGCUCGCAUCCACCCAAAGGUCCGAUAGACUCAGACUCUGCUCCCUCUUCUUCUCUUUCACUUCCACAUCCCAAGGUAACGCUUUCUCUAUUGUAACAUUUGGGUUUAAGCAUUUUCACCCAAAGCCUUAACCUUUCAAUGGCACUUUCUGCAAUCUCUAAAUUCCUCUCAUUCUCACAUCCCCUAAAAACCCCAAAAUAUUCGACCCUAAAUUCCCCCACUUCUUCCUCUGCGGAGAAAUUCUACAAUCACCUGCGGAGAAACGGUGCCCAAAACAUAGAGAAAACGCUGGCCACAGUUAAGGCCAAAUUGGACUCCAAAUGUAUCACUGAAGUCUUACAUAGAUGCCACCCAAAUCAAUCCCAAAUGGGUAUUAGGUUUUUCAUUUGGGCUGGCACUCAAUCCAGUCAUAGGCAUAGCCCAUUCAUGUAUGGCAAAGCUUGUGAAUUGUUUGACAUUAAAGGAAACCCGAGUUUUCUUGUUGAUGUUAUUGAGGGUUAUAGGGUUCAAGGGUCUGUGGUAAAUGCCAAGGUAUUUAAGGUGGUUUUGAACCUGUGUAGGGAAGCUAAGCUUGCUAGUGAGGCUUUGUGGGUGUUGAGGAAAAUGAAGGAAUUUGCUUUGCAGCCUGACACUACGGCGUAUAAUGUGGUUAUAAGGUUAUUUUGUGGAAAGGGUGAAAUGGAUAUGGCAGAGGAGUUGAUGAAUGAGAUGGGAUUGAGUGAUCUUUAUCCUGAUAUGAUCACGUACGUUGCAAUGAUUAGAGGGUUUUGUAAUGUGGGUAGAUUAGAGGAUGCUUGUGGAUUGGUUGAGGUUAUGAGGGGGCAUGGGUGUUUGCCUAAUGCUGUGGUGUAUUCUGCUCUUCUCGAUGGGGCUUGUCAGUGUGGGAAUAUGGAGAGGGCAUUGGAGUUGUUGGUUGAGAUGGAGAAAGAAGGCGGGGCUUGUAGUCCGAAUGUUAUUACAUAUACAUCUGUGAUUCAGUGUUUUUGUAAGAAAGGUCAAGCAAUGAAGGCAUUGGAGUUUUUGGAUAGGAUGAAAGCUUUCGGAUGUUCUCCAAAUCGCGUUACAGUUAGUAGUUUGAUAAAAGGUCUUUGUGUAGAGGGGCAUGUAGAAGAGGUUUAUAAGGUGAUUGAUAAAGUUGUUGCGGGAGGCAGUGUUUCAUAUGGUGAUUGCUAUAGUUCUCUAACACUGUCUUUUGUCAAACUUAAAAAACUCGAGGAGGCUGAGAAGAUCUUUAGGAUGAUGCUUGCCAGUGGGGUCAAACCCGAUAGUUUGGCAUGUAGCAUUUUGAUAAGGGAGCUUUGUUUGGAGGGGCGGGUGUUAGAUGGAUUUAUGCUAUGUGACGAAAUUGAGAAAAUGGAGUUUUUGUCUUCCAUUGAUUCUGAUCUUUAUUCUAUUCUUUUAGUUGGGCUUUGUCAACAAAGCCAUUCGGUGGAGGCUGCAAGGCUUGCAAGGUUAAUGCUCAAGAAAGGAAUUCGAUUGAAAGCUUCUGAUUUUGACAGUAUAGUUGAACACCUGGAGAAAUUUGAAGAUGAGGAGUUAGUUCAGCACUUGAAUAAGGUUGGAAAAUAACAUUGAUAAAAGAAAGUAUGUCUGUCUUGGGGGGAUCUUAUUUGAUGAUUUGAGAAGGUAAAGAAUGCAAUUUCUAGUAGACAGGAAGAACAACAGCCAGCCAGUGCAUCUGCAUCAUGUCUAUCUCAACCCAAAACAUUCAUGGC